AAGAGAAAUCGAAUCGAUAUUUGCUCGAUUAUUCAUUCGCCUAUCAGGUCGGGAUCGCCUUCGCGUUCGUCAAAUAAUCUCGAUAACACAAUGGUAUGUAUCCGGGCGUCAAUGGUGAAGUGUGUGUAACGAAAGUUCAAAACCCAUAAAUCGGGAGUAACAGUAUUGAACGAGAGGAAAGUGAGGCGAAAACGGCGCAUCUGUAUAUUUUCUGAUAGCUGGCUGGUUCGUUCCCUCUGGAGAGAUAGGAGAUAUCUGUGAAGAAAGUAAUAAAAAGAAGAAGAAAGAUUGAGUGAGAAUGUUACAGCUUCGAGCAACUCCAAGGAUGAGAGGCAACACGAGAGUCAUUACUUCGUUGCUAGUGUCGUUGAUCGUGGAAUUGACUCGCGGGGAUAUGUCUUAUAAUAUAGUCAAUCGUGAAGAUCCCUGCAUCAGCUUGUGUGAGAAGACAUCCGCUACUUUUGCCAAUAGCAUAUAUGUGAAAUCCUGUUGCCAACGAGGUUGCAGAUUCUUCAAUCUGGUUGACUUGCGUUAUGGACUGGAGCCAAACAGUUUGAAUGGCACUAGGGAUGCUUGCGAGGCUUCAUGUACAGAAGCUUAUACAGAAGUACAGGAUCGUUAUGCUUGUGACACUGGUUGUGAUUCCAUGGCCAAGCAACGAAUAUCGGACUUGUUAGCUUUGUUUUCCAUUGCUAUAUGUAUGAAAGAUGGCAUAGACUCUAAUGUUCUACUGUCGCCUGAUAUCCCGGAGAAUGAUAUAUUGACCGAUCCUGGAUUGCGCAAAGAGUUGCUACCUAGAUGGUGGGAUUCUGAUGGUUUCAAGUUGCCACAAACAUAUGUUAAGACUGUACCGAUGGAUGUUGCGACUGUGGACUAUGCUUUAUCUUCCGACUACUCUGGCGAAGUCGAGCAAGCAAUGCCUGUGCCUGCAUCCGACUGGUUUCAUUGUGCCUCAAAGCACAUUGGAACCUCUUACCGGUACAUGGCUUUCGUUGUAUUGAGUUUCAUUGUCGUCAUGAUGCUGGUAAUAUGGUUGUACACGCUAAUAAACUUUAUGUAUCGGAGAGACAUGUUGAUAAGCAAUUCUAUUUUACCGAUGGUCACGUUGCAUGUACCGCUGCACACGUUAUACAAGAAGGAGAUGUCACCGCAUAUUUCAUCUGAUGACUGUGAGUCUAACUGAAAUGGAACUAUAUUUCGAUAUUCGAUGUCACGAAGUCACGACGUUGCGCUAGAGAUUCAACGAAACGCGAUUGUGCGUCGCAUUUCCGAAACUUUAGCAACGUGCAACAGUACAAUGAUUCAUGUAUAUGUAUAUAUACAUAACAUAUUACUGUGAAUGUUAUUUAAGUUUAUACAUAAUAAUUACACACUGUGAAAAAUUGCAUUGCAUUUUACAGUAAUGCCAUAGGGGAAUCAAAUUGUUCCUUUUUUGUUUCGUCCUUUUCACAAGGAGUAGUUGACGCUAACUUAUUUAACACGUACGAUCAUCGAUAUAUGAAUAUAAAGUUAACGUAUAAACUUAUGUUAUAUGUUAAUGUAAUAUACACAUUACACUAACAUACAACAUGAAGUGAUAAAUAUAUAAGAGGGCAAGAAAAGCUUACUCAGCAAUACAAAGUUUCCAAAAGCAAAAACUGAGAUGUUUUCAAAUAUCGAGCUUUUAGAGGAAUUUAUGUUGAUAAUUAUACUUCAGACUGAUCUAUAUUAUAAUUUUCUAAGUGUGUAUAUAUAUAUAUCGAAGAAGAGGUAUGACUUUUAAUAUCGAAACGCGAUUACGAAACCUUUUCGUCUCUUUUACGAUGUCUAUGAGAGCAUAAUCCGUAAUCACGUGUAUUUAAACAUACGACUGAUGCAAUUACCGUACAACGAAAGUUCAAACUCAUAACGGAAAUAGACGCAAAACUUUUUCGACGACAAUAUAGAUACAUAAUCAAAAUGUCCCAUUCGGUUUUAUUGUUUCCAUCGUUUCUGAUGAACCACCUAUAAAAGUCGAAAAGACGAUAG